AUGUUGGACGGAGUGCACAACGGCCACUCNAAGGAGGAGCUCAAGUCGCAAGGCGCCAUUGAAGCUGCCCGCGACCCGCACAGCAAAUUCACGGCUGCAGACGCCGAGCAGAAGCUCCUCGAAGAGUCGCGCAAGGGCGGAGCUGCUGCCUUUCGCUUCGACGCCGAUGCUUCCUCCACCGAAAAGGCCCGUCAGGUCAAGGCCCUGCAGCACAUCCGCCAGCACCAAACAGCCGUCCUCGCAUCCGACCAAGACGAUAACCUCAAACCCGCCUACGAUAUCCCUACUGCGCCCCUGAGCGCCGCACUUCCCUCGCCCGCCAAAUUCACUGCAGAAUCCACCGAUGGGGACAGUCCAGAGAAGGAGGAGGAUUGGGCAAAGGUCGGCUGGGCUCCUCGCUUCGGCCAGCUGCCUGACAGCGCCAGUGCCCAAGGCGACAACCUGCUCGACCACCAGACCAUGCUGGAAGGCAAGCUGGAUGACAAGUUCUUUGGCGAUUGGUACCACAAUACGGGCAUCAUCAUCUUUGCCUGUCUCUCCUCCUGGGUUGUCGCCGUGCUGGGAGGAGGCCUCGGCUGGCUCUUCAUCGUCAUGGCCAUCUGUGGAACCUAUUAUCGCACCUCGAUCCGUAGAGUCCGUCGCAACUUCCGAGACGACGUCAACCGUGAGAUGGCAAAGGCCCGUAUCGAGACGGACGUCGAGUCGCUCGAGUGGAUCAACAGCUUCCUCGUCAAGUUCUGGCCCAUCUGCGCCCCCGUCAUCUGCACCUCCAUCGUCAACACGGUCGAUCAGAUCCUGUCCACUUCCACUCCGGCUUUCCUUGACAGCAUGCGCAUGGAGUUUUUCACCCUUGGCACAAAGCCCCCUCGUCUCGAGCACGUCAAGACCUACCCCAAGGCCGAGGACGAUAUUGUUCUCAUGGACUGGAAGUUCAGCUUCACCCCCAACGACACGGCCGACCUGACUGCUCGUCAAGUCAAGAACAAGAUCAACCCCAAAGUCGUGCUCGAGGUCCGUUUGGGCAAGGGUAUGGUCAGCAAGGGCAUGAAAAUCAUCGUCGAAGACAUGGCCUUCUCUGGCCUCAUGCGCGUCAAGAUGAAGCUGCAAAUCCCCUUUCCUUAUGUCGAAAGGGUCGAAAUCUGCUUCCUCGAGCGCCCCACCAUCGACUAUGUCUGCAAACCUCUUGGUGGUGAUACGUUUGGCUUCGACAUCAACUUCAUCCCUGGUCUGGAAAGCUUCAUUCAGGAACAGAUUCAUGCCAACUUGGGUCCCAUGAUGUACCAACCCAACGUCUUCCCUAUCGAGAUUGCAAAGAUGCUUGCUGGAAACCCUGUUGAUCAGGCCAUUGGUGUCUUGCAGAUCACCUUCCACGGAGCCCAAGGUCUUCGAAACCCCGACAAGUUCUCUGGCACCCCGGAUCCAUACUGUGCUGUUUCCAUCAACGGCCGCGACGUCUUGGGCAAGACAAAGACUGUGCAUGAAAACGAGAACCCUCGUUGGAAUGAGACUAUCAAUGUCAUUCUCACCAGUCUCAAGGAUGCCCUCACUCUGCAAGUCUUUGAUUACAACGAGUUCCGCAAGGACAAGGAAUUGGGUGCUGCUACUUUCGCCCUUGAUCAACUCGAGCAUCAAACAGAGUUCCCCGCUCAACAACUCGAAGUCAUGGCCAACGGACGUGCUCGUGGUGUCAUNCAAGCCGACAUUCGCUUCUUCCCCGUGCUCGAGGGUGAGAAACUCCCAGACGGCACUGUNCAACCUCCUCCCGAGAGCAAUACUGGUAUUGCAAAGUUUACCAUCGAAAGCGCCAAGGAGCUCGAUGGUAGCAANAGCAUGAUUGGUCAACUCAAUCCCUACCCCGUCCUUCUUCUCAACGGCAAGGAAAUCCACGUCGGCAAGAAGCUCAAGAGAACAAACAACCCCAUCUUCAUUGAUGCCUCGAAGGAACUUCUCAUCACCGACCGCAAAAAGGCAAAGCUUGGUCUCGUCAUCAAAGACGACAGAGACAUGGCUGCUGAUCCUAUCAUUGGUACUUACCAACUCAAGCUGGACGACAUGCUCGAGCUCAUGCAGAGAGGUCAGGAAUGGUACAAUCUCGCUGGUGUCAAGACUGGUCGUGCCAAAAUGUUGCUACAAUGGAAGCCUGUCGCUCUCAAGGGCGCUCUUGGUGGUUCUGGUGGUUACGUUACCCCUAUCGGUGUGAUGCGUUUCCAUUUCCAGAACGCUCGCGACUUGCGCAACCUCGAGACCCUUGGCAAGUCUGAUCCUUACAUCCGUGUCAUGCUUUCUGGUGUCUUGAAGGCGAGAACAGUCACCUGGAAGAACAACCUCAACCCUGAUUUCGACGAAGUCCUCUAUGUCCCUGUUCACUCCACUCGUGAAAAGCUCAGUCUUGAGGUCAUGGACGAAGAGAAGAUCGGCAAGGACAGAUUGCUCGGUAUGGUCGAGCUUGUUGUUUCGGACUAUGCACACCAAAAUGAAUCUGGCGAGUACCUCGUCGAUGACACCAAGAAGCCCUUGUCUCAAGGUCUGCGCCUUGGUGCUACAGGCUCAGCCAAGGGUCUUCUCAACUUUACUGCUUCCUUCUUCCCUACUCUGAAUGUGAUUGAUCCCGAAGAUGAAGAGAAGGAGGAGAAGACCAGUCUGGAUGUUCCCGACCCCGCCAAGGAGCCUCCCACUCCUAAUCUCGAGGCGCGACCGGAAGGACGUGCUCGUAGUAACACUGCAGGUACAAUCACUUCCCUCAAGUCGAAUCCUGCAGCUGCCGAGAUGCGUCAACAACUCGCUGCCAACGAAAACAAGCAAGACGAUGGUUUGCCAGUCAAGAAGGAAGUCCCCAAGGUUCGCAUCAGUGCGGAAGAGCUCUCACACUACGGCAAGUCCGCAAUGUUUUCUGUUUUUGCUCAGACACUAAUAAUGCUUCANGAAUCUGGUCUGCUCGUCUUCAAGAUCAUCGAUGGCGACCUCGCUGCUCCCGGAUGUCAUCUCGAGGUCAUCAUGGAUGAUAUGCUGUUUGCUUCAUACACCUCAUCGAAGACGCGCUCGAAGCAAUACACAUUUAAUGAAACCGGUGAUGCCAUGGUUCGCGAACUCGAUCUGUCCAGGAUCACACUUCGCCUUGUGGAAGAGGUUGAUUCCAAGGGGGAUGACGACCACGACAAACACAUCAAGGCCAAACUCACCGGACAAACUCUGGAAGUUCUCAAAUCUGCGCUUUACACACCCACCAAGCUUACACUCAAGGACAGCCAUGGACGUGACAGCAGUGUGACUGUCAGCUUGAAGUAUUUGCCGGUCAAGAUGAAGCUGGAUCCUUCCGAGAGCAUCAACAAUCAGGGCAAUCUCCGUGUCGAGGUUCUCGAUGCUGCUGAUCUGCCAGCUGCUGAUCGUAAUGGCUACUCCGACCCUUACUGCAAGUUCACACUCAACGGCAAGGAAGUCUUCAAGAGCAAGACACAGAAGAAGACUCUCCACCCUGCGUGGAACGAAUUCUUCGAAGUCCCCAUCCGCUCCCGAACAGCUGCCAACUUCCAGGUGGACGUGUUCGACUGGGACUUUGGUGACAAAGCCGACUUCCUCGGCAAAGCAGUCAUCAAUCUUGACAUUCUCGAGCCUUUCCGUAGACAGGAAGUCACUCUUGGUCUCGACGGCAAGAGUGGAAGUGUCAGGUUGGGCAUGCUCUUUAAGCCAGACUAUGUCACCAGAUCUCGUCAGGGCUCUUCUACCUUCCACGGCACUUUCGCAGCACCUGGCAAGAUUGUCGGUGCACCCGUCAAAGGUGUUGGCAAAGGCGCAGUCUUUGUCGGUGGCAAUGUGGUCCGUGGCGCCUCAUUCCUUGGUCGCGGCUUCCGCCGCAGAAAGUCGAAUGCCGAGCAGGAUGGCGAUGAAGUCGUUACUGACGAUACACCAAUGCCCGGCAUGAGUACCGGAGCACCUCUUGUUGAACAACAGAGCCCCGAGUACACAGUCAACGUCGAAGGACCCGGUACACCACACUCACGCACCCGCAGUUUCGGCAACAACACGACCUCUCCCGCCACCUCCGAGACUGGCACCGCAUCCAUCAGCGUCCUCUCCGCCACCGGCUUUCCCGCCGGCACAAAAGUCGAAGUCAAGAUCCUGCACGACGGACCCCAAGGCCUCAAAGAAAUCAUCCGCACCAAGCCGCUCAAGACCAAAGGUGAAGAGGUCAGCUGGUCCGACCUGCGUCUCGAGAAAAAGCUGUCGUGUACACCAGACUCGUCCUUCCGCAUCGUUGUUUCAGACCACCAUACCUUUGGCAACGGCACCGAGCUGGGCGAAGCCCAAUUCUUCCUCGACGAUCAGGGCGCUGGCGGCGAAAAGGAAGUCAAGGUUGGUAGUGGCAGUGUUGUGGUCAGGAGUUCUUGGCGCCCUUCGACUGCUGACUCGGCAUCUAUGCUUGGAUCCAUCAGAGGCAGUCCAGGCGGCGCAAACCUAGGCGGCAGUAUCGGGCGCAGAAGCUUCAUGGGUAGAAGGGAACGAAGCGUUACACCUUCCACACCUGGACAAUCCUAG